AUGAUUGGAGUUCCGGCAUUUUGUUGUUUUCCCAUUGACAUUUCCGUUCGUCUAAUUGGAACCUUAACAAAUGCUUUGGUUUUUAUUGCAUUAGUUUCGAAUUCAAAUCAAGUUCUUAAAGACGACAAAAUCAGAAUUAUUUUUGGAUUUGACACAUUAAUAUCAGUAAAUAGUAUUUUUAUAAAAGGAAAUAAAAUAUCUGGUAAUGCAAGCGCACAAUUUAUUUAUUUAAUAAAAAAAUUUUCAUAUUUUUUUUCUCAAUGGUUUUCAACAUAUUGUUUUUUAUUCACACUUGCAUCUGCCAUUUCAAGUGCACUUCUCAUAGGAGGUUCAAUCACGGCACAAAGAUGGCUCACGGUUCCAUGGUUAUUUUGUUCAAUUUUUAACGUUUUCUGUCAUUUUACAUCACUACUCAUGCUAUCAUUUUUAAGAUCCCCAUACAUAAGCGAAUGGGUGACAGCAUUUUCAGUUUUAUAUUCUAGUAAUAAUAAUAAUUAUUAUUUUUCCCUUUUAAUUUAA